GCUGUGAGAUAAACCUGAGCCACUGCGGCAAGUCUGGCGUAGUGAGGAGAGGGAGCUGGAGAUGUCUGACGCUUGGUUUUGAGGAGCGAUUUCAACGCGAUGGAGCGAGCAAGGGAUCGCUUACACCUGAGAAGAACUACUGAACAGCACGUACCAGAGGUAGAAGUCCAGGUCAAACGUAGAAGGACUGCCUCACUGAGCAACCAAGAGUGUCACCUGUACCCAAGACGUUCUCAGCAGCAGCAGCAGCAAGUUCCUGUGGUGGAUUUCCAGGCAGAACUGAGACAGGCGUUCUUAGCUGAGACACCAAGAGGUGGUUAAAGUAGUAUUGAAACAUCAAGGUGGUGG